AAAAUAAUAUUUCAUACAAAAUAUAUGACAAAAUACUUUUAUAGUAGUGAUAUAAAAGAAACUGAACAAUUGGAUGAAACGGCGUCGCUUUAUGGUUGAUGCUACUUUGAGUAGUAAACGACUGCGUUUUUAGGAAACGUGUUUGAAGCAACGGCUGAUUUUGAAAUCAAAAGGACGUUCGAAUAAAAUGAAACUGAAAAAUAGGAUAGGAUUCUAGAAAAUCUUCUUCUUUAUAACUUCCUUCUCUUUCAAAAUUUGAAUCAUUCUUAUUUCUGAUCAGAAAGAAAAAAUCGCAGAGUGAAAAAGAGGAGAGAGAAAGUAUCGAAGUUCAUUGAGAGAAGCCGUUUCUUGCGAAGCAAGCAUUCACUUGUAGUUCUUCUUCCCCGAGAACAGAAACAAAGAUCUUCGUUCCGAUCUUCACAAAACCGUACACUGGUUUCAUCACUCUCUUCUCUGCAAAGAUGAAUGAUCUGAUGACGAAAUCGUUUCUAAGUUAUGUGGAACUCAAGAAACAAGCCAAGAUCGAUACAGAAUCAGACCGCGACGUCGAGAAAGGCGAACUCAACGAAGAAGCCCUCUCCGCUUUCUUCGCAGAGAUCGAAUCUAUCAAAACCCUAAUCGAAGAGAUCACUCAUCUCUUGCUCGAACUACAGAACCUUAACGAAGAGACCAAGUCCACUCACAGCGCCAAGAUCCUCCGCGGUUUGAGAGACAGGAUGGAGUCCAACAUCGUCGCCGUGUCUCGCAAGGCGAACACGGCCAAAGCCCUAAUCGACGCCGUCGAGACCGCGAAUCGCAGGAGCGGAUCUUGCACCGACAGGACGCGUGUCGCGAUAACGAACGGUGUUAGGGCGAAACUGAGAGAGACUAUGGGGGAGUUUCAUCGGCUGAGGGAGAUGAUCUUUGCUGACUACAGAGAAGAUCUCAAGAGGAAGUACUUUCUAGCGAUAGGUGAAGAGCCGAGUGACGAGGACGUGGAGAAGAUGAUAUCUGGAGGGCUUGUGAAGACGUUCGAAGUGAAAGCAGAGAUGGAUUUGGAGGCGAGAGAGAGACAUGAAGCUGUGAAUGAGAUUAAGAGGAGUCUUAACAGGCUUCAUCAAGUGUUUCUCGACAUGGCUGUUCUUGUUGAGACGCAGGGAGAUGGGGUUGAUGAUAUUGAAGCUAACGUGGCUGUUGCUGGGAGCUUUGUGAGUGGAGGAACCAACAGUUUGUUCUAUGCGAAUCAGAUGAGGAAGAAGAACAAGAAAUGGGUUGUUUGGGGUUCGGUUUUGGGGGUGAUUAUUCUUCUUGUGUGUUUGAUCUCCAUGCUUGCUUCUCGUUGAAUUGUGUUUCUGAUUCCUUGUUUUGGUGGAGAUUUGUUGCUUCUUUUGAUUAGUCAAGCUAGCUUGGUACUUCUUUUUUUUCCCAAGUGUAAUAGAUCUUCCAAUGAUUUUGUAUCAGUAACCUUCAGGUUUGGUUUGAUGAAUCUACUAAAAUGGAAAUGUCAUAUACCAAACUUAGAAAGAGAAAACAUGCUAUAGUGUUAUGACUUUUCUUUUAUUCGAAUAGUACUUGUAUGAGUGGAGACAUAAUUAUAUUUAAUUGACUACAAGAUAUUCAACAAGAAUCAAAUAAAAUUUGGUAAAUUGGUAGAUAUAUGUGAUACAAACAAUUUAGAACAAAAGCAGAGGUAAGCAUUUGUAUUUGAUUUGACCACCAAGAACUCCUUUUACUGAACAGUUUAUACUUAUGUUGUGGGAUAGGUCUGGUUUUCUUGGAACCAAGUUCACAAUAUAUGACAAACCAAACAGCACAAGCCCAACCUAAGUGCAGACUUCACUCUAAGAAAGCAUUCUCUAAGUUACCUGCUACUAACUAAACCGCAGGAAACAUAGCCUAAAUGUUCUUGGCACAAGGGGAGCUAGAAGAAUGCACUGUGUUAUGGACCCUAUACCACUCUCUUCUGUUAUGGACGAUGAGUCGCUGAGCCAACAGUAGUUAAAGGCAUUAAAGAGGAAGUUUCUUCCUCGUCUUCACCGAAAGAAGAAACCAGCUCAACAGACGCAGAGUUCUAUCGUUCUCCAAGCAUGUUGGAUCAGGCGCUGGUUCUCAAGAACAAAUCUCCAAGGUGGCACUAGCAGAGUGACCGUUGCUUCAGUUAAAAACUUCCAGCAGCUUGUGGCAGACAUUCACCCUUCUCUAGAUGCGCUGCCUCAAGAACAUGAUAGAGUGAUCUUACAGUUUGGACACCAAACAGGCGUGUGGAGGGUAAGUUAACUCCAUAGUAAAAUACAUCUCUAGAUAUCAAGCCAAUGAAGAAGCUUUUCGUAUGUAGCUCUUUGAACUAUACUUUAAACCUGCUUCUCCUAAUUCACUCUGACAAAAAAAAAACUUGAUGGGGCUCUUGGUGGAAAAGCUUAAUGAAGUUAUAUCCAACGUAAUAUAUCAACAGAGGCCAUAACACAACAACAUAUAAUA